UCCAUUCCUUCCUGAAAGGGACCUGAGCAGAAAUUCAGGAGUUGUGCUUGUCACUGUGACAACAGUGCCGUGAGUGAGGUGUCUGAAAUGAUUUAUUUGAUGUGGAGCAGUCUUCUUCGAUAGUUUUGGUAAAGGUCAGACAGGGUCGCGUUGAAAGCACCCUGAUUUGAAGUAACGUUACCAAAGGAGACUUGCUAAGGAAAAUCAAGAGUGGCCAAGAUUCUGAAGUGGGUGUCAAAGAACUGCCAGUCAAGAGUUGAUCUCACAAGCCAGAACAUUGUCUUAAAAAAGUAUAGCCAGUGUGCAGUUAAAUGCAGCUCAACCUCUGUGUUUGCAAAUGGCUUGCUGUCUGAAGGAUGAGCUCCUGUGUUCCAUCUGCCUGAGUAUCUACCAGGACCCUGUCAGUUUUGGCUGUGAGCACUAUUUCUGCCGAAAGUGCAUCACUGAGCACUGGAGCAGACAGGAGCCCCACGGUGUACGAGACUGUCCUGAGUGCAGGAGGACCUUCGCAGACCCUCUUCUCUCCCCAAGCCUCAAGCUAGCCAACAUCGUGGAGCGCUACUCAGCCUUCCCGCUGGACGCCAUCCUCAACGCGCAGAGGAGCUCCUAUCCCUGCAAGGACCACGAGAAGGUCAAGCUUUUCUGCCUCAGCGACAAGAGCCUGGUGUGUUUCUUCUGUGACGAGCCAGCCUUACACGAGCAGCAUCAGGUCACCACUAUUGACGAGGCCUACGAGGAGAUACAGAGGGAGAUGAAGGAGCAGCUGGCCACUCUGCAGGACAGUGAGAAGGGACACACCGAGGCCUUGCAGCUACUGCAGAGACAACUCACUGAGACCAAGUCGUCGGCCAAGGGCCUGCGUGCGACCAUCGGCGAGGCAUUUGAACGCCUGCAGCGGUUCCUGCGAGAGCGCCAGAAGGCCAUGCUGGAGGAGCUGGAGACGGACACGGCGCGCACGCUCUCCGACAUCGAGCACAAGAUCCAGCGCUUCAGCCAGCAGCUGCGUGACGUCAAGGAGGGCAUCGGCAUCCUGCAGGAGCGCCUCAACGAGACGGGACGCCACGACUUCCUGGAGGGCGUGGCCCUCACCUCCGAGAGGUGCUCUGCUUACUGUCUGACUGACCUUGGAUCAGCUCUUCUUCCAAAAAGCCACAGUCCUAAACUUUUGAUAAAAGGAAAGAUACAUGAGACCAAUCUAACAUAUGAAGAUUUCCCGACCUCCAAGUACAUGGGGCCCCUGCAGUACACAAUAUGGAAGUCUCUCUUUCAGGAUAUUUCACCAGUGCCAGCAGCUUUGACCUUAGACCCCAUCACAGCCCACCAGAGACUCAUCCUAUCAGAUGACUGCACCAUCGUAGCCUAUGGUAACCUGCACCCCCAGCCCCUGCAGGACUCCCCGCGGCGCUUCGACGUGGAGGUGUCUGUGCUGGGGGCCGAGGGCUUCGGCUCCGGGGUGCACUACUGGGAGGUGAUGGUGUCAGAGAAGACCCAGUGGAUGAUCGGCGUGGCCAACGAGACGGUCAGCCGCAAGGGCAGCAUCCAGAUCCAGCCCAGCCGCGGCUUCUACUGCGUCGUCAUGCACGACGGCAACCAGUACAGCGCUUGCACCGAGCCCUGGACUCGCCUCAACGUCAAGAGCAAGCUGGAGAAGGUGGGCGUGUACCUGGACUACCCCAAGGGCCUGCUGGUGUUCUACAAUGCUGAUGACAUGUCCUGGCUGUACACCUACAGGGAGAAGACUUUCCCAGCCAAGCUCUGCCCCUACUUCAGCCCCGGGCAGAGCCACGCCAAUGGCAAGAACGUCCAGCCGCUGAGAAUCAACACCGUGCGUCUAUAAGAGCCACACACAGGGUCACUCUACAGAUCGGCUCGCUCACCUCAACCCUCCCUGAGGAUAGGAUACCAACGAUGAUGACGUAACUAAGAUCCUAAAGACGGCUCGUUUUUUAAAUGAUGAGAGGGGGGGGGGGGGGGUGUUUGACUAUGAAAUGUAAAUGUAUUUCGUUCUGGUGUUCUUUUCCGGGUCUCUGUUUUUGUCUUGCCUGUCGGUGUGGCUCCUCACUGAUCUCACCAGGGAGGGACUAUGUGGACAUUGCUGCAGCAUCAUGGUUUCAACUGGAGCCCCGGUUAGCUUCUUCAGGGGUGGAAGGAGAGAGAGACCCCCCGCUCCCCCAAGCCCCUCUGGGCUUUACUCUGUCUGCAUAGAUGACGUCAUCGCACCGUGGUUUCAUAGUGGGAUCUCUGCUGUGACUGAGGCCCACCUUGAACAGGCCCACGGGCUCUGCUCUCCUUCCAAGGCUCCAGACUGACUGACAGACGGCUGCUCGGCCUGUCUCUCUCAGCAGCCAGACAUUUUGAAACCGGGGGCCACCUUUCUUUUAGGCUUGUUGGCGGAAUAUUUCUGACGACGCUCUGCUCCUUUUUUCUUUGGCACAGAUCGCAGUUGUGAGUGAAAGCCUAUCGGUGUGGCAGUGAGUGCUGUUCCAUGUCCUCCCCGGUGAACCUGUACACUUUACUGAUGGAAAUGAUGUCGCAUCUCUUGAUUCCUUUCCCUCAGGACACACGUCCAGUUUUCCACAGUCGACACUGUCAAGUCAGUCCAAGUGCUGGACGUGGCUGAUACUCGUCAUUUGACAACGGCAGCCUCGUGGUCUGUGUGCUCUAGUGAUGGUCACUCUGUGCGUGGUCACUGUUGUGGUGCUUGCUGUCCUCACCCUUCCCUCGUUUCCCUACACCUCUCUGUCUUGUUGGGGGUGCCUGGAGAGGUUGUGUGUGUGUGUGUGUGUGUGUGUGUGUGUGUGGCAUGAAAAUGUGUUUCGCUGUGCGAGUGGGGACCUCUCUUCCCCCCACCGGGUGGUUUCUGUUGGGUUCUUCCACUCCAGCAUGAGCUCUACUCUACCUGGCAUGUACCUAUGUUACAUAUUUGUUUGUACUUUUAUUUUUAGCAGGUUAGUCUCGUUUUGAGAUGAACAUCUGGCCAAAAUAGCAGUACACAAAGUUGCAGACACGUUUACAAAAUAAAACACAAAGCACUACAGUUGGAAAAAAAAGUGUGGCGCAACUAGGGGUCAAAACAUUGACCGCAACCCCCCCCCCCCCACCUAAUUUCCCAUCAUAGUGUUUAACGUAGUUUUAAUCUCAUUUAAAAGGACGAGCUCCUGUCAUUUCAGGACCUUUUUGAAGCUCGUUCCAAGUGAAAGGGGCAGUGAACUGCC